AUGUCUUGGACAAGCUACGUGGAAAACCUGAUGGCCGAUGGCAGCUGUCAGGAUAGCGCCAUUGUUGGGUAUGUGGACGCCAAAUACGUUUGGGCAGCGCAUGCCGGAGGUACUUUCAACAAUAUCACGGCUCAGGAAAUAGAUAUCCUCAUUGGUAAGGACAGGGAGGCCUUUUACACCAGCGGUCUCACACUAGGCUCAAAGAAGUGUUCUGUCCUUAGAGACAGCCUCGAUGUUGAAGGGGACUGGACAAUGGAUAUCAGGACCAAGAGCCAAGGAGGGGAACCAACUUACAAUGUUUCUGUGGGGAAAGCUGGAAAAGUGUUGGUUCUUGUGAUGGGCAAGGAAGGGGUCCAUGGUGGUGGAUUAAAUAAGAAAGCGUACUUUAUGGCAAAAUACUUGAGGGAUUCGGGAUUUUAA